UUACAUUACACAAACAUCACAUUCUCUUCUUUCUGUUCAUUUUCUCGCAACACGAUUUUCCUUCGCUUCGAAGACACCUCCUUCUCCCUCCCUCUCUCUCUUUCUUCGCGUUUUCAGUUUUGCGAAAUCGCCGAUGCUAGAAUCAGACGUUCACGAUUUAUCCGACGACGCCGAUUACGCUGCGUCUCAGCAACAAGGAUCUGCUAGCGUGAUGCUGCAGAGUGACAGUUCUAAACAGAGCUCUCCGUCUAGUGAACGGGACGGUGUUGAAAUUGUAUAUUUGAAGGACAAUGUUGCGAUUCAUCCGACUCAGUUUGCCUCCGAAAGAAUCGGUGGAAGACUGAAAUUGAUUAAGCAAAGCUCGUCCUUGUUUAUGACUUGGAUACCUUACAAAGGGCAUAGUUCAGAUACCAGGCUGUCUGAUAAAGACAGAAAACUUUACACCAUAAGGGCGGUGCCCUUCACUGACAUCAGGUCCAUACGGAGGCACACUCCUGCUCUUGGGUGGCAAUACAUCAUUGUUGUUCUAUCAUCAGGACUUGCUUAUCCUCCACUAUACUUCUAUAGUGGAGGAGUCAAAGAAUUCCUUGCUACAAUAAAGCAACAUGUUCUUCUUGUGAGAUCUGCAGAAGAUGCCAACGUAUUCCUUGUGAAUGAUUUUCAGAAUACACUGCAGAGGACUUUGUCUUCCUUGGAGCUUCCCAGGGCUGUUCCUCUUACAUCUGGACCUUCAAAUAUGUCAGUUGAUGGAUCCAUUUUGAAUGAGAACCAAGAAAGGGCUGAUAGUGGUGUUGAUAAUGGAAGUCUCAGUGUUCCUCAGUUCCAUGGGAGACCAAGAAAUAAAGUUCAUGAUCCUGCUCGAGACCUCUCUAUUCAAGUUUUAGAGAAGUUUUCUCUUGUCACAAAAUUUGCCCGUGAAACAACUUCUCAACUUUUCGGAGAAAACCAGAGCAAUGGAUUUAGUGCCAGUGAGAGGAGAACUCAUAUCCAGACUAGCCUUGAUCAUCCUAAGAAAUCUUCCAAUGUUGCAGAUGGCAUAUUGGACGAAAGUCCUGUUGUCUUGGAUUCUCAGGAGUUUGAUAAACUAUCACUAGUAUGGGGAAAACCACGGCAACCUCCUUUAGGUUCUGAAGAGUGGAUUACCUUCUUGGAUUCUGAAGGGCGAGUCAUGGAUUCAGAAGCUUUGAGAAAGAGAGUAUUUUAUGGUGGACUUGACCACAAAUUACGAAAUGAGGUUUGGGGUUUGCUUUUGGGAUAUUAUUCAUAUGAGUCAACAUAUGCUGAGAGAGAAUUCCUGAAGUCGGUUAAAAAGUCAGAGUAUGAGACCAUAAAGAACCAGUGGCAGAGUAUCUCCUCAGCACAGGCUAAAAGAUUUACAAAAUUCAGGGAAAGGAAAGGGCUUAUUGAGAAAGACGUGGUGAGAACUGAUCGAUCACUUGAUUUCUAUGAAGGGGAUGAUAAUCCAAAUGUAAAAAUUCUGCGAGAUAUCCUUUUGACAUAUUCAUUCUACAACUUUGAUCUUGGUUAUUGCCAGGGAAUGAGUGAUCUUCUAUCUCCAAUAUUGUUUGUGAUGGAUGAUGAAUCAGAGGCAUUUUGGUGUUUUGUUGCCCUAAUGGAACGUCUUGGACCCAAUUUUAAUCGUGACCAAAAUGGCAUGCACUCUCAACUUUUUGCAUUAUCUAAGUUAGUGGAGUUGCUGGAUAGUCCAUUGCAUAACUAUUUUAAGCAGCAUGACUGCUUGAAUUAUUUCUUUUGUUUCCGCUGGAUUUUGAUUCAAUUUAAAAGGGAGUUUGAGUACGAGAAAACAAUGCGUUUGUGGGAAGUAUUGUGGACACAUUAUCCAUCUGAGCAUUUGCACCUGUAUGUAUGCGUGGCAAUCUUGAAACGAUAUCGUGGUAUAAUAAUGGGAGAGGAAAUGGACUUUGACACCCUUUUGAAGUUCAUAAAUGAGCUAAGUGGUCACAUUGAACUUGAUGCAACCCUCAGGGACGCAGAAGCCCUAUGUAUAUGUGCUGGUGAGAACGGUGCUGCUCGUAUACCACCUGGAACCCCACCAUCGUUGCCUGUUGAUGAUGGUUCUUUUUACGCCCAACAAGAUGAAAUAUUGUAAAUAAAUCCACUUCUAUUAUAAAUUUAUUUAGUGGUGCAUGAGUAUACAUUAUUGUGCAUUUCCUUAUUUGGUUAAAAUAUGUAGUUAACAUACUAAUUGUCUUUCUUUAAUUAUAUUUCUUGUACAUUUUAGUCGACA